UGCAUUUCUGCCUCGUGUUUCAUUCCAACGUAUACCGUUUUUACAUGGACAAGUUUCAGGACCAUAAAGUUGUGUUAAAUUCAUAUAUAAAAGUGGCUUUUAUUGGCCUUGCUUUAGAUAGCCAUAGGAGUUGAGAUAAACAUGACAACCUUAAAAGUAAGUCUGUAGAGAGGGGUCAGGAUGCACAGAUCAACUACGCAUGUCACUUUGGUUAUCAUCAUCAUUUGGAGAAUCGUGUCUUGUUUUUCUAUGCCAUCGAGAACGAACGAGAAUGAAGCCAAUGAGUUUGGUACUCAUACACGUGGGAAUAUUCAGUCAGACGGUGGUGUGUUUAAGAAUGGAUCCCCGCGGAACACCGAUGGCUCUUCAUAUUUAUCCAGGCGCUUGCUUUCCGAUGGUGACUUUUCCAGCGACACCACGAAAACACACAGUUACCUCAACGGCACAAUCCUCGACACAGAAAGUGACGUCAUAUCGAACGCCAUUUUGUUGGCGGUCACCAAGUUCCUUCCGCUUUUUGUGAUUCCGGUCGGAUCUGUCGGGAACCUGUUGGCCUUCCUGGUCCUCGGAAAUGGCCAGUACGCAAAACAAACGGCAUGCUUCUACAUGAGAAUGGUUGCCGUGUUCGACACUUCCUGUCUACUCGGUCACGUGACCUUACAGACCAUCAUAAAUUUUUAUCCCGAUUAUUUGUUCGGGCCUGAAGCAGGGAGGGUCGUCUGCAAGAUUCUCCCGCUUUUUUUCAGUGCGUAUGGCCCGUCCAACUGGACGGUCGUAGCCAUGACCUUCGACAGAUUUCUUGCGGUGAAGUUUCCCUUGAAAAUUGCGUCAUGGAACUCGAUGCGGCGGUCGAGAAUUACAGCCGCUUGUAUCGUCAUGUUAACAUUAGUAGUGGCGAUUCCGUUCAGCAUCCGUGACAUCAACACCGAUGGUCUCGUGGCCCAAUCAAUCUGUGUGUUCAAUCCAGCUUACCCAAGUUGGUUUUCGGGCGUCUGGUACAAAGUCCACACAGUCACAAUAUUCACGGCUCCAUUCUGUACAAUCCUUCUUCUAAAUCUUCUUAUAAUCGGCACACUACGACUUCAGAGCCAAAAUUCAUCCAAAUUAGGGAAAACAAACAAAGAUGGCCACGUCACAGUUCUUCUGAUUUUAAUCAUUCUGAUCUUCUUCGUCACCAAUGUCCCUUGGACUGUUUUCUACUGGGUCGAUGACUAUUUGGACCAACUGAUCACAACGACAUCGCGGAUUAGUAUGAUCCGAAAAACGGUAUACGAAACCGUUAACUUCGUACUUUACAUCAACCCUUCAGCGAACUUUUAUGUCUACUGCUUAGGGUGUAACAAAUUUCGGGAAGAUGUCAUUGCGAUGUUUAGCUGUGGGCGCAAUGCUCCUGCCAAUGAAAAGCGGAGUAGGGCCAGUGAAAUGAGGCACUGA